AACAAUACGUAAAAUCCAAUAAAAACGCACGUAAUCAACUGAACCACGUCGCAGAACCCUCAUAUUUUAGAUGCGCGCGGUUAUAGUACACGUUUCUCGCUCUGCGCGUACUACGCUGCUCCUCCAUGCAAACCAUAUCGCAUAACAUUGCCUCCGAGUAACUACCCGCCCACCGCACCUUAUGCUAACCUAAGUGCACAUUUUGCCAAACUAGUAAAGACCGGCCGACUCAAAAGUACUUUAGUAAAAAUGUUGCUCUACCCGCAAGCGCGACAAAGUAUCGAUUUGAAAGGUAUACCCCUGCGUAGAAAACGUGCCCUCAAGUCUUCGGUAAAAAUGUAUAAGUCAAAUCAACAUGAUAUAGACUAUUCCAACUCAUCUGAACGUUCAGAAUUGGAGCGGCAGGAUGCCUUCGAAUUGCCUACUGACUCCGAAAGUGACGAAGACGAAGAUUAUGAGAAAUAUAGCGACCGCGAUUCCAGUCCCCUUGAAUACGUAAAAUUCCACGCUAAUCAGCGGCAUUCAAUUGACGAGGCGGCAUCCGCUAACAGCGUAGAGCUUACAAGGCGAAAAGAGCGACAUUGUUCAUCUAUAAAUCUAAUAAAAUUAGAUACAGAUAGCACGGAAGAUAGCGGCCAGUGCUCUGUUGGACCGGUUGCUCUGCAAAAAGAAUCUUUGAUCAUCGGUUCAAAGGCAAUGCAAGCGCUGGUACGCAAAUCCACCGAUAGUAUUAUCAUCCAUACAACAACAGCGCAUCUGGAUUUGUGUUCCAGCGGCGGCAUCACCAAGUGUGUGGAGGAGCUUCCUGAAGAUACCGCAAGUCUUCAGCAAAGCUUGCAUCACCAAGCGUCCCAAACCUCGCAUGGCUCCUCUGUGUUUUGUGAGCGAUUUGGGGGUGCAUACGUGGCAUGUGAGAAUCUAGCAAAAAUGUCAGAUGAAACUAAAAUAAAGCUCGUCGCUCCAGUUUGCGAUUCACCGCCAGAGCGGCAUAGUAUGCCGAGCUUAUUUGUUGGCAAUCGCUUCAACCGCAGCUCGAAUACUGCCGUCUAUGUGCCAACUUGGCAAGAUCGUAAGGAGGCACACAAUUUGAGUGUAGAUGCACUGAAACACCAGAGUUUAGAGAGCGACAAUGCCAGAUCAGACUAUGAUUAUGGUGACAACGAUGAUGAUGAUGAUGAUGAUGAUGACGACGGUGAUGAGGACGAUGUUACUCAUUCCAGUACGUUAGACUUGCCGGCAGAGUGCUUAACGGCCCCAGACAAGAUGCAGGCGGAGUUGUUGUACAAUUUUGAUGAGAGCUGCUUGGGAAGACAAACGUUCGUAAAAACUGUGAUGAUUCAUAAUAAUCUGUUGAAGGCUCUCAUAGCUGUAAAGGCAGUGCGAAAAUCAAUUCGGCGCUAUAUUUUAGGGGGGCGAUACUUGUAAACGCCUGAAUUUAGGCCAAUUUUUGGAGGCUUAUUUGAAAUAGAAAAAAUAAAUGGAUGAUAAUGAAACUCAGCAUGUUUAUUAAUUAUAUAUUAAAAUAUGAAAAUCCGAUUAAAAAAAAUUUUUUUUUUUCAAAAUGGCCGCCGUGGCAAUCGAUCUCUUGAGGCUCUCGCAUCAAUAGGCGGGAUUUUGAGCUUCAGUUUCAGCUAUCUGCAAUGUUAAUAAAAAAACCAAAAAAAU